AUGUCAGACACUGAAACUCGAACUGAAAGAAAAAGACAAAUAGAAGAUAUUGUGGCAGCCUUUAUAUCAACUCUUUUCGUCUUGGCGUUUGUAUAAAAUAUUUAGAUAAUUGCAAUAAUUGUGGUCUUAGCUGAAGACGUUGACAAAAACUGUGACAACCCUAUAAGGUAACUUUUAUAUAGAGAGUGGCUGAUUGUUUGGGCUAUUUUUUCUGGAUUGGUGGCUGGAGCUAAUCUAGCACUCCAAGCAGCUUGCAAUAGAACUGAAAAGGAAACGCCUUGGGUAAGGUGGACGUUUGCUGCGUUCUUUGGGAUUGCGUUCUUGUUUACUGUAGCUUGGAUGAUUACAGGUAGCGUUUGGCUAUACACCAGUGACGACUGCUAUGACGAUUACUAUAAUAUUUUAAAUUAAAUUGCUAUUAAAGGAUAGAUUUUUCCUCAAAAAUCAUAUUUUUUUCUUAUUUAAUUAAAAAUUAUAUAUGAUGCCUGGGCUUUAACAUUGGCAAUCCUAAUUGUUCAAUAUGUUUUUGUUGGUUUGGCCUUACUGCCCCACUUUAAAAUGGAACAAAACAAAUUCAAUGUUUUACAUUAAAGAGGAAAAUUUUAUCGAUGAAAAUACUAAUUCUGAUAAAUUAGUUUUGACCUAAUUUAAUAAAAAAAAAUAUAAGUAGAAUUUUAUUUAAACAGUUUGAACACUGAAUCAACUAUUUUUUUAUUAAUUCUUUAUAAAAAGCUCAAUUUAUAUUGUUUUAAAACAAAAAUUAAUGAUGAAAAUACUAUUUUUAUAAAAUUAUUUUUGCAUAAUUUAAUGGAAAUGAUGCAAGCAAAUCUAUUUAAUAGUUUUUGAGCUAAAUCUAUUAAUUUUUUAAUAUUUUUUCAUAAAAAUUAAUUAAAAUUAAAAUUAUAUAAUUUUUUAAAAUAAUUUACAGAGAAAAAAAUAAAUAUAAUUUUUUUUUGAAAAAAAAUUAAAUUGGAACAGUAUUUUUAUCCCAAUUCAAAGGGGGGAGUUAGUAGGAUUUCUUUGUCUUCUUACAUGUUUUUCACUCUUAAAAAAACGCGGAGAAGCAGAUAAAGAAAAUAAAGGACAAGGAGCACAAGAAAACAAUAAUGAAGCUUAA